CAUACCACUGCCUCUCCCCAAUUUCGAAUCCCCAAAAACCCGCGCCCAAAUGCCAAACCCUAACCCCCAAAAUGAAGAAAGACGAAUGGAGCCUCGAGGACUUCGAGAUCGGAAAGUUCAUCGGCGAAGGAAAAUUCGGCAAAGUCUAUCUCGCCCGAGAAAAGCAGAGCGGUUACGUAGUGGCACUCAAGGUAAUUUUCAAGGAGAAGCUCGAGAAGUAUCGAUUCCAUGCUCAUCUUCGUCGCGAGAUCGAGAUCCAGCACGGGCUUAAUCAUCCUAAUGUCCUUCGUCUCUUUGCUUGGUUUCAUGACGAUUCUAGAAUCUUCUUGGUUCUUGAGUACGCUGCGAGAGGAGAGCUUUACAAGUUUCUUAAGGAUUUGCAUCAUUUCUCAGAGAAGCGAGCUGCCACGUAUGUUUCAAGCUUAGCCGGGGCUCUAGCCUACUGCCAUCAAAAACAUGUAAUCCACAGGGAUAUCAAGCCGGAGAACUUAUUGCUGGAUGUUGAGGGCAGGUUGAAGAUCGCAGACUUUGGAUGGGCUGUGCAGUCAAAUGCAAAGAGACACACAAUGUGUGGUACAAUAGACUACCUUGCACCAGAAAUGGUGGAAAAAAGGGAACAUGACCAUGCUGUUGAUAACUGGACUUUAGGCAUUCUUUGCUAUGAGUUCCUUUAUGGUGGUCCACCAUUUGAAGCUGAAGACCAGUAUGAUACAUUUCGAAGGAUCCUGAAAGUUGACCUGAAGUAUCCUUCGACUCCUCGUGUAUCAGCUGAAGCAAAGGAUCUCAUCAGUAAGCUUCUGGUGAAGGACUCAUCAAAAAGGUUAUCUCUACAGAAGAUCUUGGAGCAUCCAUGGAUUGUCAAGAAUGCAGACCCUUCUGGAAGCUGCAAUGAAUAGCGUUGAGUUGUACGAUUCGUGGAAUAUCUAACUGCUUCUUGAAGCAAACUUAGCCAAUUGCUUCGUUCAUCAUUUGCUUUUUGUAGUAUAACUGUCAUCUCCAGACUUCUCAUCAGGUUGUGUCUUUACCUAUGAACUUGACCCUUCAUAUUAUUACAGCGUACAGUUGCAACUUGCAACCAAAUUAUAUGGACCAGAAGUAGGUAAACAAAAUUUUGAAUUUGCAAUGUACAACGUUGUCAUAUGAUCUUACGAAGUUGUUAACCCUAGUGAAA